AACAUCUGAAAAAACGAUGAAAAGCUAGAAGAUGGAAAAGAUACAUGAAUUAAAAACUGAAAGUAUAUAAAAAUGAGAAUGUAAGAAAAGGGGUGGGAGCAUUAGAAGGAUGUAGGGGAGCAGAAAAGGUUAGUAUGUGGAAGGUGAUCACGUUACAGAGCACUCUAAGAUGGCGAAGUCGGGGCUCAUGAAACCUAGUUUACGGCACAGGUCACCAUCCGAUGAAUUUUGCGCGCUGCUGCACAGAACCUGGCAACAUGGUAUGUUGUACCAGGAUUGGUAUCUGAAAGGAUUAACAUUAAAAUAUUUCCCCAUAAAUCUAGGUAUUAUUCCAGAAAGAUGCCAGUCACUCACAAGACCAAAUCAGAUGGGUCAGUGAGCCCCCAAAUGUUUUGCAUCGCCAACAAAGAAAAUCUGGCAUCCGUCCUUGAGGGGGCAUUUUUUGGGGCAUCCAAUAAGCUUGAAAUAAAAUCUGAUGAAUCCUUUUUAGUCUUCAAGACUAAGACUAUGGUUUCCAGCACCAGGAUGGAUUCACGCAGCCUCGGAAGCAGGGGGGAUUCCAGGGGGUCCGAAACCAGCUGCCUUGGUGUUUUGGGCUGGGAGGUGUUCGGUGCCACAGAGCAGCUGCCGGUGCUCCUGCUGCGUUGCCUCCUCGGGCAGGAGGCGGCCUGGAUGGUAGGUUUUGUGGGAGCCCAGCCCGCCUGGCAAGGUCAGGCUGUUGGCGAGUACAGGCGGGUGCUCUCGGGCAUCAAGUAAAGGUGGCUUUAUCUUUGUAAGCCUCAUGUAAAAGGUUUGUACUAAGUUUGCUGCCCCUGCUGAUGCCAUAGUUAAGUUUGCUUUGGCCUGCUUCUGUGGGGCUGCACUUUAUUAAUUCACACUGAUUUCCUUUGCAUUCCCGAGUCAUAAAUUGCCUUGAACACAACUGAAAAUGCUGAGUGAAACCAACCGAGUCCCUGCAGAGCCUUGGAGAGCGAGGGGCGUAUUUCGUGGAGGAUGCGUUGAAGCCUCUUCUCUCCAGGAUGGGGGGGCGCAUUUUCUGCUGGAGGAAGAUGCUGUGCUGGACCUCCAAAGAACCCAAACUGGCUGAGGGGACGCGGUGGCUUUAGCCGCUCAACCCGUCUGGAUGUCUCUUCCCGCUUCCUGGGGUUGUCCCCAGCUUGGCCGCCUCUUCACACUGGCCACAUUUUGAGAUUUGGGAGGAAGGCAAGAGACUGCUUGGGUACCCCUCCCCAGAUUUUCCUGAAGGUUAUCUAUCCGGGGGACAAUUCUGUCUUCCCUUGCCCAGCCACGUAACAUAGAAAAAGAUAACCACUUAAUUUACUUUGUUAAUGGCAUUGUUAAUGGAGCUGAAUGAGAGUUGAUUGAACAACACCGAGCUGCCUUGAGGUGCAUUCCAUCCUUUCGUUAUCUGACACCAGAGGGAACUUUUGCUCUCCAUUAGGAGCCCUCUGGUUAAAGGAAUAUCAGUCCUCCUGGAGUCACUCUUUCUUCAAACCAGGGAAGCAUUUGAUAAUCUAGUAGAAGCAGGGAUGCCCAUGACAGAGUUACUUUCUAGUCUGUCUGUGUUCUGCGUCCUAUGAUUUCACAGAGCACAGAACUGAAAUUGUUGAAAAUCCAAAUUACAUUUUAAAACCCAGAAGCAGGUUCCUAGCACUCAGCGUUGCACACAGAAGUCCAUAUAAACGAGCGUGCAGCACUGGUGAGCUCUUUCUGGGGACAUGGCCAAAGACCCAGCAAGGUUUGUGGCCUAACAGGGUGUGGCCCAGCCCCGGGGUCUAGUCCGUGCCAAGCUUCUCUUUGCUCCUUGUCUUUCAGCUCACAGCCAUGGGAAAGCAGAACAGCAAACUGCGCCCAGAAAUGCUUCAAGACCUGCGGGAGAACACCGAAUUCUCUGACCUGGAGCUGCAGGAGUGGUACAAAGGCUUUCUGAAAGACUGUCCCACGGGCAUCCUCAACGUGGAGGAGUUCAAGAAAAUCUACGCCAACUUCUUCCCUUACGGUGACGCCUCCAAGUUCGCCGAGCACGUCUUCCGCACCUUUGACACCAACGGCGACGGCACCAUUGACUUCCGAGAGUUCAUCAUCGCGCUGAGCGUCACCUCCCGGGGAAAGCUGGAGCAGAAGCUGAUGUGGGCCUUCAGCAUGUACGACCUGGAUGGGAACGGCUACAUCAGCAGGGAGGAGAUGCUGGAAAUCGUCCAGGCUAUCUACAAAAUGGUCUCAUCAGUGAUGAAGAUGCCAGAUGAUGAGUCAACCCCUGAGAAACGGACGGAAAAAAUCUUCCGACAGAUGGAUACCAAUAAUGAUGGCAAACUGUCCCUGGAGGAGUUCAUCAAAGGCGCCAAGAGCGACCCCUCCAUCGUGAGGCUGCUGCAGUGCGACCCCAGCAGUGCCUCGCAGUUCUGAGCACCUCCCCGCUGCCCGGGAGGCCUCCGGAUGAGUCCACCUCCCCAAACGGCACCCAACUUCGCCGGGCCGCCUCCGAGGAAGUCACCAGCCUCCUCCCGUUCCUGCUGGGAAACUGGACAUCGAAGCAAGGAGCACCUGCCAGUCUACUGGUUUUUCCUGACUCACAGAUUCUUUCCCCCCCUUUUCCCCUCCCUGAACACUGUAGUUUGGUGUGAAUGUUACACAGCAUGGGUUGCGGCUGAGGUUGGCGAUGGCAAACCUGGAGUCAGAGGACCGGUCCCUCUUCUGGCAACCCUCUGCGUUGGGGUCAGCAAAAGGUACUCCUCGCCCACAACACCGCUGGCUCGUCCGCCAGCUGCGGGGGCUCCGAGUGCGAGAGCAGGCUGCGGCUCAGGCUGCAAACGCCAGCGAGGCCUUAGGGCCGCCGAGAGGGACCCUCGCACGUGCCUGGGUCACUCAGAAUUGGCGGCAUAUAAAUUUAACAGAUUACCAUAACAAAUUGUUAAAACGACACUAGGGCCGCCCUCAGCGGCUGGCAGAUUACGUUACGUAAAUGUAGUACAAGUCUGCCCCUUCGCGUUGUUCAGGCGGCUUUCAGCGUAGCAGGGCCGGUAUUUCCGGCCAGGAUACAGGCACUGCUGAGGACCAUCUGGAUAAUCUGUAUUAGGGCUGUGCACCCUUCAAAAAUGCUCUGGACUUGUGCUUGUUCCGCACCGCUCUGCUCUUCCUUAAAGCAGCCCUCCUUUCCGCAGAGGGGCAGAGGGGCGCUGAAGCCCAGGCACUUCAUUUCUGAAGAAUGCCCAGCUUUGCUCUACACUCAGUGGCGCUCGAAUGCAAACCACCUUAGCUUAAAUGCAGCAGCCCAGCGCAGACUACCUUAAAAGGAAUCAUGGCUACAGACCCCCACCCUCUGCCCUCCCCUCAUCAGGCUUCCCCUUGCCGGGCCUUUUGAUUCCGGUUUGCAGCACAAGGGGAGAGGGGCUGCUUCUCAGCCGAGGGGAGCUGACAGCCCAGCCCCUCUCCAGGCGACACAGCCCCCCAACGGGCAACCGACAGCUUUGGGGGCAGAGGGGUCAUGCUUGACCAGCAGAGGAGAGAGACCAGCUCGCAGGAGCUGCUGGGUGUGUGGACGCGAGGUGUGAGCUAGCAGCCAGAGCUUGGUGUGAAAGACGUACGUGUAGAAUUAUUUGUUGACUGUCUUACCUGCUUUUCAUUAUAAAACGAUCCCAAUGCAGCUGUGAAAGUCAAAGCCUGGGGAUUUCUUUUGCGCAUGCAAACUGAAGGGUGCGCCCAGAUGUCCA